AUGUCGCCCAUACCCUGCUCAAAGAUCGUUGCAACCACACAUCACAAUCUCUCCGUUGGCCAACGACCAUUGACAGAUGCCGAAGAACGUGUAGUUCUUGCACUUGCAAAGCGAGUCCUGCAUACUCGGCAGCUCAAAGUUAAGGCUGACCUGGAGCGGAGAAAAAAACUUGCUCCUCCAAGUUCAACUGCACCGCUUUGGAUGCCCAGGGUAGAUAUAUUCGACGAUCCUAGCUGUAAAGAUAUCAUCGCGACAUUUGAACUGCCUGGUGUAUCCGUGCAAGAAAUGAACGUCGACAUCAAAGAUGGCAAACUGGUUGUCGAAGGGACACGACAGAUGAAAGUCAAGCCAGUCAAUUCUCAGUAUCCCGGUUGGGUGUAUCCCGACACUCCCGACCUCACUGCCCCGCUUUCCGAAGACAACAUGCAAGUCGACAGUUCAAUCAACGAAGCUGCUCCUCGAAUCAUAAUUGCGGAGCUGCGAUACGGAAAAUUCAGAAGAGAUAACAUUCAACUACCGGACGGCGUCCAGAAAACGGAUGUGACCGCAUCGCUACAGAAUGGCAUGUUAAAAGUUAUUUGGCCACGUCACCCUCAAGCUAAGCGAGUCACCAAGUCUGGGGGCGAUGAGCCGCUCACGAUCAAGUCAGAGGAUGCUUCCCACCUGCGCGUGGGUGGAAAGAAUGGUAACACCGGCCCCCACAAGUAA